UCCAACAUCUGGGCAGAGUGGCUGCACCACCUGCUAUUAAAUCACCUUUUCAGAAUUAAGAUGGGCGUGCAUGUCCUGACAUGGAGCUCAUUUUCUGUCAUUCUGCUGCUGCUCACUCUGUGCCAACUCAGCGCUGCAGUCAGUGUGAAGGAACACCUGGCUGACUGCCUGAACGACACCGACUACGCUGAACUGCUGGACACACUGAACACGGGUCUCCCCAAGAUCAACAAGUCCCAUCAUGUUGCUAUAGUCGGCGCAGGCAUGGCCGGGCUGACGGCUGCCAAGUUACUGCAAGACGCCGGGCACAAGGUUACUAUCCUGGAGGCCAGUGGUCGGCCAGGAGGCCGUGUGCAGACCUACAGGAAUGAAAAAGAAGGCUGGUACGCCGACCUGGGAGCCAUGCGGAUCCCAAACUAUCACUACAUCGUCCGUUGGUUCAUCAACACAUUUGGCAUAAAGCUGAAUCCAUUUCGCAUGGUCGACAAAAACACAUACUACCACGUUAAUGGGCUGCAGAAGAAAACGUACGCGGUGAUGGCGAACCCUGACAUCCUGCAGUACAAGCUGCCAGAGAGGGAGCGCCACAUGUCACCGAUGGCCCUGCUGGAGAGGGCUCUGAAUAAGGUGAAAGAAGAAGUCGAGGCUCACGGCUGCAAAGCUAUGCUCAAGAAAUAUGACCAUUUUUCUGUGAAGGACUAUCUGAGAACGGUAGGCGGUCUGAGUGCAGAGGCCUUGAGGAUGAUCGGGGAUUUGCUGAAUGAGCAGAGCCUCAUGCAUCUGGCUCUGACUGAGAUGCUCUACAUCGAGAAUGACGUCAGUGACAGCACAAGGUACGAUGAGAUAACUGGAGGGACGGAUCGUCUCACUGAAGCUUUCCUGUCUGUUCUGGGGGUGCGCAUCCUAGUCGACUCCCCGGUGAAACGGAUCCAGCGGUCUCAUAAGGGUGUGACUGUCUGGUAUGAGGGGGAAAAUGAUCCCUCCUUGAAGAGGAUCGCGGCGGAUGUGGUUCUGGUAACCACGACAGCCAAGGCAGCCCUUCUCAUAGAGUUUGAGCCACCUCUCUCCACCAGGAAGAUGCAUGCCAUGCGGAGUGUUCAUUAUGAAAGCUCCACCAAAAUUAUCCUCACCUUCAGGGAAAGGUUCUGGGAGAAUGACGGCAUUCAUGGGGGUAAGAGCAUCACGGAUGGACCCUGCCGUUACAUCUACUACCCGAGCCACAGCUUUCCAGGAAACGACAGCAUCGGCGUCCUCCUGGCUUCCUACACCUGGGCUGACGACUCCCGUCUCUUCGAGGCGGUGAGCGAUGAAGAGCUGAAAGAGCUGGCCCUCAGGGAUCUGGUGCAGAUCCACGGAGAGAAGGUCCGGUCUCUCUGCACGGGUGUGAUCGUGAAGAAGUGGGGACUUGAUCCGUACAGCCUGGGGGCGUUUGCUCUGUUCUCUCCAUACCAGCACCUCGAGUAUUCUGCAGAGCUCUUCAGGAACGAAGGCCGGGUUUAUUUUGCGGGAGAACACACGGCCUUCCCUCACGCUUGGAUUGAAACGUCUAUGAAAUCUGCAAUCAGGGCAGCUAAGAAAAUCAGCGACACUGCGCACAAAGACUUAAGCGACGGUCAUCACCGAGAUGAGCUAUAAGAUGUUAUAUGUUGCAGUAAAUUAAUAAAAAAAAACUGGAAAACAUUGGUUUAGGUAUGUGAAUGUGCACUGAAUUUGUCUAUUUUAAUGUGGAUUUAAUUCCUUUGAAGUAAAUAAAUAAGUAACUGGGUUUUUCGUCAUGUCUAUGUUCAGUCAGACUAUAAAUAGAGGGUCACAGUGUAUUCAGUCACUAUCAUGGUUUCGUUCUCUACAAAAGGAUGCAUGGAUCAGAAUAUAUCAGUGACUUAUAUCGAUAUCUGCCGACUAAAAUUAUAUUUGGCCAGUUUGAUAGCCAUGCACUCCAUUUGAUGUCCACGCUUAAUCUAUUUUCAAUUCGUUUCGGUUUGUUUUCACAGUCCCAAUUCAAGGCAGUUCAAUCUGAACAAAUUCAGCUGCACGUAUUCUGAUUCAAUGCGGGUUAAAACGUGGUGCGAUAAAGUUGGUUAAAAUGUUUUCCAGCAAUAGAGGCUUCUGCCAGAGAUCUUUGUGACCAAGAUUCAAAAAUCCUUGGAGAUCUGGAUGUUUGAAAAGAAGGCGAGGAAAGUGUGGGUUAAAGUUAUAGUUGGUAAUCAUAUUCACAAACACUUUUUGUUAUACUGGGUAAAAUGGUCCCUCCAUCCUUCACAGCACUUCUAGUGUUUAUGUAUCCGGCUAGCUUAGCGGUUAGCUUAGUGUUAGCUUCUUUGUUAGCCGCUCAUUGUAGCGCUGCUGCUGCUGUAUACUUUGACAAUGGCUGAGAGCUGAAAAAAGUAAACCAAGUCCAAGAUUAUGAGAGGAAGCGGAAAGCAUCAGUAAUAAGAAAUAAGGCCAGAGGAGAUAAGUUGGUUUUGCACAUGCAUAUGAAAAACACUUAUGUAAAAAUUGCGGACUCUACUUUUUAAUUGCAACUGAUACAAUUUUGCACUAUUUAGAGGAAAAUAUAAGAAAAUUCAUCCCAGCCCAACCCAUGUCCAUAUGCCUGCUUUCUAUACAAAACGCUGGUUUUGUAUAGCUUUCCUGUUUUAUUCCAAUAAACUCUUUUCUAGUCACCAUGCUGCUUCUGCCUGCCUGUUUGCACUUGGGUCUACUCCACAAAACACAUUAAUGCACCAAAGUCUGCAUUUGAGUAAAAGUCAUAAGAUUGAUGGGGUCCUAUUUACUACAAAAUUACAGAGAACGAAAAAAUGU